CUUAUGGUGUAAAAUUGAAUGACAAAAAUUUUACUCUUUGGUCUCAAAUUGCAUCUAUGUUUGUCUCAAGUAGAGGCAAAAAUGGACAUUUAAUUGGCUCUACCAAACAACUAACUAAAGGUGAAUCGACAUAUGAUUAAUGGUAUAUGAAAGAUUCUCUUGUUAAAGGUUGGCUUGUUGGUGCUAUGAAGCCAGAAUUAAUGAAUAUACUCAUUUGUUUACCUACUGCAAAAGAUGUUUGGGACGCAGUGAAACAUCGAUAUUAUGAAGGGGUUGAUAAAUCAAUUCUUUAUGAUUUAUCUCGAAAAGCUAUGGCAACAAAGCAAACAGGUCGACCCGUGGCUACUUUUUUUUCUGAUCUUACGACUAUUUGGCAAGAACUUGAUUAUCGUAAGUCAAUUACUUUUACCCAAGCAGAUGUGAUUAAAAUUCGCAAAGCAGAGAUUGAUGAAGAGCGAGUUUAUUUAUUUCUUGCUGGUCUUGAUGAUUCUUAUGGUUCUGUCAGAGAAGAAAUACUUCGUAGUGCUUCACUACCUGGACCCGAAAUGGUUUUUUCUGUUGUGAGGCGUGAAAAACAACAUCGUAGUGCCAUGAUGAAUCAAUUUGUUUCCCCUCAAAUAGCAAUGACGGUAAACAAAUUUGGGAAUUUUUCGCAACAAUCUUCAUCACAAAAUACUGGUGGAAAAUGUACUUAUUGUGGAAACGGGAAGCACACUGUUGAAAACUGCUUUAAGAAGAAUGGUUAUCCUGAGUGGUGGAAUACUCGAUCAAAAACUAAAAAAGGAAAAGGCAAAGCAGCUAUCUAUUCUACUGAGAUGACAACGUCAACAACAACUACUCCAAUAGUUGAUGAACUUCCUUCUGUUAUAGAUCAUCUUGUUCCCAAAGAAUCAGGAUCUCAGCAACGGGAAGAUAAAUGGGCGUGGUACUAAGAAAACGGGUUGUAUUAUGUAGAAGAUGUGUGUGAAGGGAGGUCUUUAUCAGCUAAGGGGUCAUCCCAUGCAAAUGAAGAUCAGAUAAAAUUAUGCAUCACCGCUUAGGUCACGUUUCUUUUGGAUAUUUACAACAUUUAUUUCCAACUCUAUUUUUGGGAUGCAAACCUUCUGAUUUUAAUUGUGAAACUUGCAUCUUAGCAAAAAGUCAUAGCACUACUUAUCCUGAUAGUUUUAGCAGAAGAUUAGUCACAUUUGCUUUGGGUCAUUCUGAUGUUUUGGGUCCCUGUCGAGUUACUAGUAAUUCAGAAUUUCGUUGGUUUGUUCUUUUUGUCGAUGAUUGCACUCGUAUGACCUGGCUUUAUUUGAUGAAAAAUAAAAGUGAUG